CGUGCGCUCUGGUCCUCCUCUGCGCGCUCUGGGUCUCGCCUCGGAAAAACUGCGGCGGAGCGCUGGAUCACGAAAAAGUUCGCCAAAUCAAUUUAGAGUUAUCGGGUUUGGGGCCGGAGUGGUUCGGUAUUUUAUUUUCAGGGGAUUGGGGUGUUUUCUAUGUUUUAACUUUUUAGUUUUUGUGCAGUUUAAACAUGGAGACUCUCAGAAGUCUCCUCGCGCUUCUGUGCGUUUUCGUGGCUGGGGCGCAAUCGCAGGUCCUAAGAGAUAAGUUUGCGGAUUGUCCAGUUGAUCUCUUCUUCGUUCUGGAUACAUCGGAGAGUGUGGCCCUCAGACAGAAACCUCCAGAGUUCUAUAUCGGACAGAUCAAGGCAUUCACCAAUCGCUUCAUUGAUGAACUCAAGGACAUGCGCCAUCGCUGUGACCGCAUCCUGACAUGGAACUCGGGAGCUCUGCACUACAGUGACGAUGUGAAGAUGGUGCGCGAGCUGAGCGACUUGAACAGAGACCGCGAGGCCCUGAAGAAGGACAUCCUUGACAUCGAGUACAUCGGCAAGGGCACAUACACCGACUGUGCCAUCAAGAGGGGCCUGGCUGAGCUGCUUGUCGGGGGUUCACACUACCAUGAGAACAAGUACAUCGUGGUGGUGACUGAUGGGCAUCCAAUCACUGGGUACAAAGAGCCAUGUGGAGGCGUGCAAGAGGCCGCCAACGAAGCCAAACAACAUGGAGUGAAAGUGUUCGCUGUCGCCAUCUCACCUGACCAGGAGGACACCAGGCUGUCCCUCAUCGCAACAGAUCAAACCUACAGACAGAACUUCACCGCUGCAGACGACUCUAGAUCCACACACAUGGGAACCAUCCGAACCAUCAUCGAAAUCAUCACAAACGAGACGAAAGAUACGUGUUGCUCUUUCGACUGCAAUGCUAAAGGAGGGCCUAAAGGACCAGGAGGAGACCUUGGCUCCAAGGGAGAAACCGGUAGACCAGGAAUGCCCGGAGAAAAAGGAGAUGUUGGUAACAUAGGCAGUGUGGGAGAUCCUGGUCCUGUUGGUUACAGUGGAAUGAAGGGAGAUCGCGGUGGCAGAGGAGAGAAGGGUGAAAGAGGACACAAAGGUUACAAGGGAGACAAAGGUCUAAGAGGAAAUGAUGGAGUUGAUGGACGCAAGGGUGAAGCUGGUUUUCCCGGACUCGCCGGCUGUAAAGGAUCUCCUGGAUCAGAUGGUCUGCAAGGAGACUCCGGACCAAAGGGAGACCCCGGCUCUUAUGGACUGAAAGGAGGAAAAGGAGAUCCUGGAAGAGACGGAGAACCAGGAAGGCCAGGAAACUACGGCCCACUGGGACCUCAGGGAGAUCAAGGCCCUCGUGGAGCAGACGGGGACAAAGGAGAGCGUGGGGAUGAUGGUACACCAGGGUUAGAUGGACCUCGUGGGGAGAGAGGGCAAAUCGGAGAGAAGGGAGAGCAGGGAUCUCGUGGAAACAGAGGACCAAGAGGAGAGUCUGGGGAACCAGGAAGCCGAGGAGAUCAGGGGAGGGAGGGCUCAGCUGGCCCCAACGGAGACCCUGGCGAGCCUGGCAAAUCAGGGUCUUCUGGCUACAGAGGAGACGAAGGCCCACCUGGACCAGAAGGACCCAAAGGGCCGAGAGGAAUCAAAGGAGCUCCAGGAGACAGAGGCCAGAUGGGGGAGAGGGGAGAAGAUGGUGUACCAGGAAACGGCACUGCAGGUUGUCCAGGUUUUCAGGGUUACCCCGGGUCUCGUGGAGACGCUGGUGAGCCGGGCGGUAAGGGAACUCCUGGACCCAAAGGAGACGACGGAGAGUCCGGAGAUCCAGGCCCUGAUAACAGUGAACCAGGACCUGCAGGAGCAAAAGGCGCCAAAGGUCACAGAGGGCCUGAGGGCAAUCCGGGACCUUCUGGGCCUCCUGGACCACCAGGAACUGAUGAAUGUGAAAUUCUGGAUAUCAUCAUGAAGCUCUGCUCUUGUUGUGAGUGUAAAUGUGCGUCUCUGGACCUGGCCUUCAUUGUAGACAGCUCAGAGAGUAUCGGCUCCACUAACUUUGCACUCGCCAAAGACUUCAUUAUCACAGUCGUCGACAGACUGAUCAAGGACCAGCAGGUCAAGUUUGCAGCCAAUGAGUCCAAGGUGAGUGUGGUCCAGUACAGUGGAUCCCAAGCACAGGAAGUGGUCCAGCUGGGCAGCACGGUGAACACCCUCGCCGACUUCAAACAGGCAGUGAAAGACUUGAACUGGUUGGCUGAGGCCACUUACACCGGCGAGGCUCUUGAUUACGCUCUGAAAAACACGGUGAAGCUGAUGACCCAGGAAAACCGCGUCGUUCUGGUUCUCACCGACGGACGCUCUGAUAUUACUAGGGACAGGAUUCCCCUGAACGUGCUCUGUGGGAACAACGUCCGGGUGGGCGGUUUAGGAGUUAAAGACUACACAGGCCGUAAUCCCAACCAGGAGCAGCUCGAGGACGUGAUCUGUAAAAAUGACCCAAAACCCGGCUUUUCUUUUGUCCUGGACAACUUUGCAGAGCUGCUCGAUGACACUUUCCUGCAGAACCUCACAGAAAGCAUCUGUAAAGAUAAGAAGUGCCCGGACUACAAAUGUCCCAUCAAGUUCUCCAGCAGUGCCGAUGUCUUCAUCAUGAUGGACAGCUCAGCCAGCGUGGGCCAAAAGAACUUUGAGAUGAGCAAGUCGUUUGUCCGUCGCUUGUCCGAGCGUUUCCUGAUGGCCGAGAAAGAAAGGGGAGCGACAGUCAGGGUGGGUCUGGGUCAGUACAGCCGAAGCGCCCGCGUUGAACAGACCUUGAUCGACAACCUGGAACUGUUGUCUAAUAAAACCAUGGAAGCUACCUUCCAAAACGACGGCACCAACAUGUUAGAGGCCAUGGAGCUUGGGAUGAAGAGUCUUCGAAGCCGUGGGGACGCAUCUGGAGGCGGUAAGAAGCUGGUGCUGUUUUCUGAUGGCAGGUCUCAGGCCAUCACCCAGCCCUUGUUGGAUAAGCGUGUUAAAGAGUUGUCGAGCGGAGGGGUGGAGCUCUUUGUGAUCGCCGUUGGCAGCCAAGUCAAUGAGGCCAACCUGCGCACCCUGGUGAGCAGGGGCCGUCCAGACGACAUCACCUACGCCCAGCGCCACAUGUUCCGUGUCCCAGACUACCCCUCUCUGCUCCGCGGGGUCUUCCACCAAACCGUCUCCCGCAGGGUUUCUUUGCCCUGAGCGCAGGGACUCCAACAAUAGGACCAACACGCUUUAGAUUUUUAGUCCCGUUAUAAAUAUUCAGGCUCACUCAUUUACAAUACACUGUUUGAGUAUUUUUUUUUUUAAGAAGAAAUGUCACAAACGACAAAUGAUUGUGUGGCAGAAAAAAUGGAAAUGUCUAUGAAAUUCUUACUGGACUUUCUUACCCUGAUCUUUGCCUCCAGGCAGACUAUCUCAAGCAGGGAUCAUUAAAAGAUAAACAGAGUGAUGGUGCUAACCGAAACGACGCUUGAGUUUGGAGCUUGUUUUGACAGUUCACAGCUGGAAGGAAUGGCUACCUGCAGGGCAAUGCUCAGGGUGAAAAAGUCCCACAUCAGAAGCGGUCGUUUCAGUCCUGGAGAGCUGUCAGUAUUGGCCACAAAUAAAUUCUCCCUUUUUUAAUGGGGCUGGUUUCUUCUCAGGUAUUCUGCAUCCCUGUAUCCCCUUGAGCCAGUCUAACCCGCACUUUGAGUUACUUUAAGUUCAACUAGUCUGGGUUCAAAAUGGCUCAUCAGGGCUAAUCCCCGGUGUCUCUCCAGGACUGAAGCUCCUACUAUUUGAAGGAUUUGUGUUUAGGAUUUAAUGUGGACUCAUUUAUGUAGCUCUUACCACUCUUUCAAGUGGUGUCAGGUUUUGGGUGUCUCAGUUUUACUUAUUAACAACAAAAGUUACCCUAACCCAUAUGUGAAUCACAAACACACCAAGUGUUUGACGCUGGACCAAAAGGAUUGUUAAUCUGAUAACUGUUUGUUUUAGGUUUUGUCCUCGUAAAGAUAAUUUAAAAGGUCAGUAAAACUUGGCGAAAACCUCAAACCCGACAUCCCUUAAAAGUUUUAUGCGAUCAUCAAACGGACAGCGAAAACAGGACAUGACAUCAGGCAGACUCAAACAAACCCGUCUGAUCUUCACCUGGUACUAAUGAGGACCCGCCAGCUGGACUCAAUAUGUGUAAUUCUGUCUGUGUGUGUGUGUGUCUAUCUGUGUGUGUGUGUGUGUCAGCACCUGUGUGUUCAUCACAUACAUGUAUACGUGUGUUUGGAGGUGAUUUUUUUUACGUGUGGCCUGGGGUGAUUGUUCCAUAAACAGUUGUGCUGGGGUCACUGGUUCACAUGACAGAAUGACAGAAACCUGCUCUUUAAGGGCCUCUGUCAAACACUCUCACACACACAGAGACAGACAGACAGACAGACACACACGCACACACAGACAGACACACACACACACACACAGACACACAGACACACACAUACACACACACACACACAGACAGACACACAGACACACACCUUUGUAUUUCCUUAGUGAGGUAGGAAAACAUCUGCUAUGGUUAAAGGCUACAAAAGACACUAAUAGGUCUCAUAGCAUGAUUCCCUCAUAUUCACACACACACAAACACACACACACACACAAAACAACGUAAACAAAUAUUACACACUUUAAGAUCCAUGGAGUGUAAGUUCCACACCUUUAGUUUUAAUGUUGUCAGUGUCCCAGAGUCACUGUACUGUUGUUGUUAUCUGUGGUGCUAUUAGUCUCAGUGUAUCAGCCAUGUUUUAAAAGAAGAUAUUUUUACCUGAGGACUCAAACCUCAGUAGUGAUGUAAGAGCUCCUUCAAUAAAGGUUGCCCCACCAAAA